AUGUCGAAACGUCUGCCAGAUAUAUGGCGCAAUAAGACAUCAGAGAAAUCUAUAGGAUUGAUUUUGAAAAAGCUUCGUGUGAGUGCCCAAAAGGAAGCAACUAAAUCCCGCGCUAAUUUGGCUGAAGAUGAAGCAUUGGAAUGGCUUAAACCACGUACUCUUAUAAAACCUGAUGACCAAGAUGAAGUACCGGACGCGGAUCUCGAAGAAGAAGUUGGCAGAGUCCUAACUACUAUAAACCCUCAAUGGGUCUUAGAUGAAGUAGCCUAUCAUUACGGUCAAAAUAGAUUUGCCUUAAAGGCUAAACCGACCUUUGGAAAAGCUUAUCCUUUGUAUAUAUAUCAAGGAACAGCUAUACGAAAAGAUUCGGAUGAAGCAAAGGCCCAAAUAGCUGCGGGUUAUGGGAUGGUUGGGUUCGAUGACGCUGGUCCAAAGCGUGCUAAAGUAAAGAAAUCUGCCGCUGAAGAAGAAGAGGAAGAAGAACCGGAACCCGAACCACAGCCACCACCAGAAGAAGCUAAACCGGAAGAGGACGCUGUUCAGGAAGAGGAAAAGCCUGUGCCAACAGAAGAGGCGGAAGCCGCUCCGACCGAGGUGGCUGAUGAGCAAGCUGGUGAUGAGGGUGGCGAGGAAGCGGCCGGCGAAGAGAAAGAAGAAGAGGGAGGCGGUCCGCCACCUGUAGAAGAAGUCUUAGAUAUCAAGCCGCGUGUUAAAAAACUUGCCAACCAGUUCAACUUUUGUGAGAGAGCUGCACUGACGUACAACAAUCCGAGGAGGUCUGUGGAUACUCAAACCAUUCCUCCACCUCGAGCCAAUUAUGGUUCUACUUGCCUGCAAUCCAUCAUCUUCGAUUUUUACCAAGAAGAUUAUGCUAAGAAAAUGCGUGAAAAAGAAGAGGAAAAGCCUAAGCGGUUACGCAAAAAAGCUGCCAAACACGCCAAAUCUGAACAACAAAUACAUGAUGAGCAACUUGCGCAACGGAUACGUGAAGCUUGGACGAUUCUGGAGAGACUUGUCAACCAGAACAUUUAUGAUGAUAUCGCUCAAGACUAUCGGUACUGGGAUGAUCCAUCUGAUGAAUUCCGCGAAGGAAUGGGCUCACUUCUUCCUCUCUGGAAGUUCCAGUUUGAACCCAUGCGAAGUCACGCGGUAUGCGACGUGCAAUGGAAUCCACACUAUCAGGACUUGUUUGCUGUUGCUUAUGGCUCUUUGGAUUUCACAAAUCAACAGAAGAACGGUUGUCUGUGCCUGUAUAGUAUCAAAAACCCAGCGUACCCGGAGUAUUCUGUUGUUACAGAAUCGCCGAUUAUUUGUCUCGAUGUUUAUAAGGAGACUCCAUAUCUUAUUUGUGUUGGUCUAUACGAUGGCAACGUUUGCGUAUAUAAUGCCCAACUUACAUUGGAGUCUUCAUAUCAGUACAAAUCUGACUCAGUGAGGGACAAACAUAGUAAUAUCGUUUGGGAAAUAAGGUGGGGCGCUCGUCUAAUUGAUGGCGAAGCAUCAUUCUUCUCGAUAUCGGGAGACGGCAGAGUAGUUCAAUGGGCCGUGAUGCCUGGUGAGCUACAAGCGACUACAAUCAUCACACUUCGGUCCAAUGUGCCACCCAUACCUGGACCUGAUGGGACGCUGCUGACCGUAAACAGCUGCGGAAGCUGUAUUUGCUUCCACCCGGAGAAGGCAGACAUCUUCAUGGUGGGCACGGAAGACGGUAUGAUCCACACCUGCUCGCUCAAGUACAACCGGAAUUACGUCAAUUCAGUGCAGGGGCACCACAUGCCGGUGUACAGGAUAAAUUACAAUUACUUCAAUAAUAGCAUCUACGCGUCCUGUUCGGGCGAUUGGAGGGUCAAAAUAUGGGAAGACGGCAGAGACGAACCCCUGUUUAUGUUUGAAUUGGGCUCACCGGUUGGUGAUGUCAAAUGGGCGCCGUACUCUAGUACGGUAUUCGCCGCAUGCACAGCUGAUGGAAAGGUGUAUGUCUACGAUUUGAAUGUGAAUAAAUACCGACCUAUCUGUGUGCAAGCCGUGGUUUCCAAGAAGACUAAGAAAUUGACUAGGAUCGAUUUCAACUCACGUUUGCCGAUCGUAGUCUGUGGAGAUACUAAAGGAACAUGUCAUGUGGUGAAGUUAUCGCCAAAUUUGAGGGUUAUGUGUAAACCUCCUAAGAAGGCGCAAUCUGUCGACCAACGAACUUUACAGAUAAUGAAACUGGACAAACUACUGAGCUUAGUAAGAGACCCACCUUUCCAGACUGGAGUUGUUGACGAGAAGUUUGACGACGAUUAA